AUGCACACAACUUUCAACGUGGGUUACUGCUUGCUCAGUGGCGAGCAGGGUGAGGAUUGUUUUACGUGGGUUCUUAGCGUUCUUCAAUCGCUACUUACCGCCAACGAGAUCCCACAGCCUCAAGUCAUCAUUACGGAUUACGACAAAGCGCUCAAGAAUGCUCUGCGAAGCCUGUUCAACAACAGUAAGUGGGAGGGAACACUCGAGGGAACUGUACUGGGCGACCGCGGGAGUGCUGGAAGCCACCUUCGCGAGGACGAUGUCGAUAUCAGUACUGCACCUGGGCAGGACUUCCAGAUUAACCCAGCCAACUACGAUAAGUCGGCCCGGCUAACAGGUAUACGCUUACUCGCCGGCGACGACCGCCUUCAACACUUAGAUGAGGGCAUUCGCAAUCCGGAAACUGCGCCGCUAGUUGGCCGCGCGCCAGCGGGUAGUAUGCGGAAGUUGCUCGAUAAUGCGGAUGGCUUCCUCGCUGCCUGGGCGGCUGUGACAGGCCUGAUCAAUUAUCUUCGCGAUACAUACCUCCCUUUACGGCACGAAUUCGCCCACUUCUCCAUCAAGAACUACCGCAACUUUGGUAUACGGGUAACCUCCCGUACUGAAGGUGCCCACGGCUUAUUAAAAAAGCUAAUCAGCAACCGACUUGUCAAUCUCGGCCGCCUCAUUAAGGCGAUUGAGGAGACCCUCAGUCGCCUACAGGAGAGCUACCGCGCCAACCUCCACGACCAGAGCUCCAGGAAGGUCAGGAAGUAUAGCCACCGCGUUAUGUCGCGGUUUAGAUACGAUGUUGGCUUCGUAGCUCUGCGUUUGAUUAACGAACAACUCCAAAUCGUGGAGGCUGCAGAGAAGGCAAAGAAGCCUCUAUCAAUCUGUACAGGCGCGUUCAACCGCCAGUUCGGUCUACCAUGUGCGCAUACAAUCGCUGGUCUUGCGCGGGCGAAUGCGCAGAUCGAGCUCGGACAUCUGAACGGGCACUGGUGGUUGAAAAGGGACCGAACCCCGACUUCCUUCCCCUCCUUAACGAAGCUGACCCCGAGCGUGUUGUCAACCAUCGAAACCGCGUUUACAACGGCCCACGGCCACUUCCAGAAGAGGAGGGAGGGCGCAUUGAUACAAGCAGUCGACGCGUGCCAUCGCAUGACGAAGCCCCGCACCCUCGCGCAGGCGGCUCAGCGGUUACUACCGUUGUCCCAGAUACCCGCGCCAACGUCAACACCAGUGUAUGCAAGCCAGCAACAGCCUCCUAUGCAGGACCAGUACGGUUACCGGGGCGGGGGGCGAGGGGGGGCGCACGCGCAACCGCCAAGCCAACUCCCCUAUUACGUGGCACCGCCAACCAUCAACGGCUUCAAUGCGAUGCCACCGCAGGGCGCGCAGGCGCAGGCACAGGCACAGGGCUGGUAUACAGGGCAGGGCGCACAGGCACAGGGCUGGCAGACAGGGCAGGGGAGGUAG